CAAAGUGGCACUUCCGGGUGUGCAGUUGAGUUGAAUGUUUUCUGUCGCUUAAAUCGGAAUAAAGAGUGGACCGAACUCGAGGAUGAGUGACGAACACUACUUGGAACUCUGCGACAACCCCGUGCAGUUUGAAAAUGCGUCGAGCGUCAACAACGUCUUUUUUGACGAAGCAAACAAGCAGGUAUUCGCGGUGCGUUCAGGGGGCGCCACGGGGGUGGUGGUCAAAGGCCCGGACGACAAGAGUUCCGUUGCCUUCAGGAUGGACGACAAGGGAGAAGUGAAGUGCAUUAAGUACUCCAUUGGAAACAAAAUUUUGGCUGUGCAAAGAACGUCCAAGUCUGUGGACUUCAUCAACUUCAUUCCCGACUACCCUCAUACAGAGUUCACACACGAGUGCAAGAUGAAGAACGCAAACCUUCUCGGCUUCUGCUGGACCAACUGGAACGAGAUUGUCUUUGUCAGCGACCAGGGCAUUGAGUUCUAUCAGGUGCUUCCGGACAAGCGUACGGUCAAACUCAUCAAAAGCCAAAGCAUCAACGUCAAUUGGUACCAGUACUGUCCCGAAACGGCCGUCAUCCUGCUGUCCACCACAGUGCAGGGCAACGUACUGCAGCCAUUCGCCUUUCGGACUGGGAGCAUGUCCAAGAUGUCCAAAUUUGAGAUUGAGCUGCCUGUUGUCCCCAAGCCUGCCAAACUCAGCCUUUCUGAAAGGGAUAUUGCCAUGGCGACCAUUUACAGUCAGCUGUACGUGAUGUACCUGAAACAUCACUCCAGGACGGCCAAUAGUCCCAGUGCAGAGGUGGUGCUCUACCAUUUAGCAAGGGAGGGCGUGUGCAAAAAGACACACGUGUUGAAGUUGAACACAACGGGAAAGUUUGCUCUCAACAUCGUCGACAACCUGGUGGUGGUCCAUCACCAAAGUACUCAGACCUCGCUAAUCUUCGACAUCAAAUUGAAGGAGUCGGACGGCGCUGUCAGCACGCAUCAGCCUGUUUUACCUGCACGCUCCAUACAUCCCUGCAGCAUUCCACUGGCAGGUCCGGCGGUGGCGCCCUCACAGCCUCCUGUCCUGUGCCAGCUGUAUUCGUCCUCCUGGAGCGUUUUCCAGCCUGACAUCAUCAUCAGCGCCAGCGAAGGUUACUUGUGGUACCUUCACGUGAUGCUGUCGCCCACCGUCAACCUGUUGAGUGACAAGGGCAAACUGAUGGACUUCCUGUUGCGCCGAAGGGACUGCAAGAUGGUCAUCCUGUCCGUCUGCUCUCAGCUUCUGGACGGUGAGCAGAAGGGGAGUCUUCCCGUGGUGGCGACUGUCUUUGACAAGCUCAAUCGGGUGUACAAGGACUUCCUGGAGGCGGAGCAGAGCUACACUGUGGCGAUGGAGUCGGGUCCGGCGAGAGGCAGCGCCGCUCAGAAGCGCCCGAUUAGAACUCAGGCAGUCAUCGACCAGUCAGACAUGUACACGCACGUCUUGUCUGCCUUUACGGAGAGGAAGGCCGCCGCCCACAAGUUCACCAUCGCCGUGCUAAUGGAGUACAUCCGCUCGCUAAACCACUUCCAGAUCACCGUGCAGCAUUAUUUGUAUGAGCUGGUCAUCAAGACGCUGGUCCAGCACAACCUCUUCUACAUGUUGCAUCAGUUCCUGCAGUAUCACGUCCUCACUGACUCCAAACCUCUGGCCUGCUUGCUUCUGUCUUUGGAGAGCACGUACCCCCCCGCCCACCAGCUGUCACUGGACAUGUUGAAGCGCCUGUCGACAGCCAACGACGAGAUCGUGGAGGUUCUGCUGUCCAAGCAGCAGGUUCUGGCCGCGCUCAGAUUCAUCCGCAGCGUCGGCGCUCACGACAAUAUGUCCGCCCGCAAGUUUCUGGACGCCGCUCGUCAGACCGGGGACGACAUGUUGUUCUACACCGUCUUCAGGUCCUUCCAGCAGAGGAAUCAGCGGCUUAGGGGAAGCCCCGCCUUUAACACAGGAGAGCACUGCGAGGAACAUGUGCUUCACUUCACUCAGCUGUUUGGCGAACAGGCGCAGAUGAAGGCCUCCACCGUCUGACUUCUUAUACCAGGGGAGUCUUUUUUUCACGGAAGCCCGCUUCUGCCACUCCAAAAUAAAAUUAUACCCCAACGCUAAGUCAUAAUUAUGAGAUGAAGUCGAAAUUAUGAAACAAGAAAGGCGAAAUUAUGAGAUGAAAAGUCAUAAUUAUGAGAUAAAAAUGAUAAUACUUAGGACUUUUUAGCUCAUAAUUACAACUUUCUAUAAAUAAGAGUCAUGUUUAUGAGAUAAGAAAGUCAAAAUUAUGAGAUAAAAAGCUGUAAUUAUGAGAAAAAAUUAUAAUACUUAUGACUUUUUAUAGAUAAGAGAUCAAAAAAGUCUUAAGUUUGAGAUAAAUCAAAAUUAUGAAAUAAAGUAGAAAUUAUGAGAAAAGAAAGGCGAUAUUAUGAGAUGAAAAUUAUAAUACUUAUCACUUUUCGUCUCAUAAUUAUGACUUUUUAUCUUAUAAUUAUGACUUUUAUCUCAUAAUUUCGACUUUAUCUCAUAAUUUCGACUUUUUUAUCUCACAAUUACAACUUUUUAUCUCAGGAGACUUUUUAUAAAUAAGAGACAAAGUCGAAAUCAUGAAAUAAUUAUGAGAUGAAGUCAUAAUGCGAUGAGAUGGCGACUAGUCCAGGGUGUACCCCGCCUUCCGCCCGAUUGUAGCUGAGAUAGGCUCCAGCGCCCCCCGCGACCCCGAAGGGAAUAAGCGGUAGAAAAUGGAUGGAUGGAUGGAUGAAGUCAUAAUUAUGAAACAAAGUUGAGAUUAUGAGAUAAAGGUAUAAUUAUGAGAAUACUUAUGACUUUUUAUCUCAUAAUUAUGACUUUUUUUGUAAUGUUUAUCUCAUAAAUACGACUUUUUAUAAAUAGGAUAAAUUAUUUUAUACAUAAGAGAUAAAAAGUUGUAAUUAUGAGAAACAUUAGAACACUUUUUAUCUCAUAAUUUUGACUAUUAUCAUUUUUAUCUCAUAAUUAUGACUUUUAAUCUCUUACUAUUUAAAAAACCCCAAAAAUAAGUCAUAAUUAUUACAUAAAAAUUAUAAUACUUAGGACUUUUUAGCUCAUAAUUAUGACUUUCUAUAAAUAAGAGUCAUGUUUAUGAGAUAAGAAAGUCAAAAUUAUGAGAUAAAAAGUUGUAAUUAUGAGGAAAAAAAGGAUAAUUCUUAUGACUUUUUAUAGAUAAGAGAUACAGUCAUAAGUUUGAGAUAAAUCAAAAUUAUGAAAUAAGAAAGUAGAAAUUAUGAGAAAAGAAAAGCGAAACUAUGAGAUGAAAAUUAUAAUACUUAUCACUUUUCAUCUCAUAAUUUCGACUCUCAUUUCGACUUUUAUCUCAUAAUUACAACUUUUUAUCUCAUGAGACUUUUUAUAAAUAAUAGAUAAAAAGUCAAAAUCAUGAAAUAAAUAAUUAUAAGAUGAAGUCAUAAUUAUGAGACAAAGUUGAGAUUAUGAGAUAGUCAUAAUUAUGAUAAAAAAUAUAAUACAUAGGACUUUUUAGCUCAUAAUUACGACUUUCUAUAAAUAAGAGUCAUGUUUAUGAGAUAAGAAAGUCAAAAUUAUGAGAUAAAAAGUUGUAAUUAUGAUGAAAAAAGGAUAAUACUUGAAAAUUAUAAUACUUAUCACUUUUCAUCUCAUAAUUUCGACUAUCUCAUAAUUUUGACUUUUUUAUCUCAUAAUUACAACUUUUUAUCUCAUGAGACUUUUUAUAAAUAAUAGAGAUAAAAAGUCAAAAUCCUGAAAUAAAUAAUUAUGAGAUGAAGUCAUAUUUAUGAGACAAAGUUGAGAUUAUGAGAGUCAUAAUGAGAUACAACUUAGAAUACUUAUGACUUUUUAUCUCAUAAUUAUGACUUUUUUGUAAUGUUUAUCUCAUAAAUACGACUUUAUAAAUAGGAUACAUUAUUUUAUAAAUAAGAGAUAAAAAGUUGUAAUUAUUAGAUAAAUAUUAGAACACUUAUGACUUUUUAUCUCAUAAUUUUGACUAUUAUAAUUUUUAUCUCAUAGUUAUGACUUUUAAUCUUUUACUAUUUAAAAAGUCAUAAUUAUGAGAUAAAAAUUACAAUACUUUUUGUGACUUUUUUUUAUCAUAGUUUCGACUUUUUAUUAAUAAGAGUCAUAAGUGUUAGAUAAAAAGUCAAAUUUAUGAUAUAAGAAAGUCAAAAUUAUGAGAUUAAAAAAUGCUAAUUAUGAGAUACAAAUUAUAGUACUUAUGACUUUUUAUAAAUAAUAGCUACAAAGUCAUAAUUAUGAGAUAACAAGUUGAAAGUAUGACCUAAGAAAGUCGAAAUAAUGAGAAAGAAAGUCCUAAUUGAGAUUAAUUGAAAUUAUGAAAUAAAGUCUAAAUUAUUACAUAAAGACCAAUAAGUAUAAUUUUUCAUUUUAUGAAUAAGAUUUUUUUUAUCUUAUAAUUGGGACUUUUUCCUCAUAAUUUUGACUUUUUCUAAAUAAGAGAUAAAAAGUCAUUAUGAAAUAAAAAGUCGAAAUUAUGAGAUAAAAAGGCAAAAUCAUUAUAUAGAAAGUCCUAAUUGAGAUAAAUCGAAAUUAUGAAGUAAGAAGGUCGAAAUUAUGAGAUAAAAACCCAUAAGUAUAAUUUUUCAUUUUAUGAGAUUUUUUUAAUCUUAUAAUUGGGACUUUUUCCUCAUUAUUUUGACUUUUUCUAAUUAAGAGAUAAAAAGUCAGAAUUAAAUAAGUUGAAAUUAUGCAAUAAAAAAUGUAAAAAUUAUGAAAUAAAAACAGUUAUAAUUUUUUAAAUCUUAUAUCUAGGACUUUUCCCCUCAUAAUUUCGACUUUUUAUGAAUAACAGUUUAAAAAAAAGUCAUAAUUACGAGAUAAAAAGUCAAAAUUAUGACAUAAAAAGUCCUAAUUAUGAGAAAGUAGAAAAUGAUUAAAUACAUUUGAAAUGAUGAAAUAGUCGAAAUUAUGAAAAAGUCAAAGUUAUGUGAUUAAAAAGUCCAAAUUACAAGUUAAAGUCAUAAUUAUGAAAUAAAUCGAAAUUAUGAGAUAAAAAGUUGAAAUUAUGAAAUUAAAAAGUCAUAGUUAUGAGAUAAAAAGUCAAAAUGAUAAGUUAAAAGGUCAUAAUGAGUUAAAAGUCAAAAUUAUUAAAUAAAAAGCCCUAAUUAUAUGUUAAGUCAUAUUUAUGAGAUAAAAAGUCGUAUUUAUCGACUUGUCCAGGGUGAACCCUCCCUUCCGCCCGAGUGCAGCUGGGAUAGGCUCCAGCCCCCCUGCGACCCAGAUAAGGACAAGCGGUAGAAAAUGGAUAGAUGGCUAAAAAGUCCUAAUUAUGGGAUGAAAGAUGUAAUUAUGCCUUUUUAUACCAUAAUUUUGACUGGUCUCAUAAAUAGGACCUUUUUUUUUUUAAUCUCACAAUUAUGACUUACCAGUGGGGUAUUUUUUUUUUUUUUUUAGUGGCUGAAGCGGGCUGCUGUACUUUUUAGCGAGGUCCAUAUACAGACAAUGUAAUAUUUUUUUUUUAAGGAGGACAUUUUGGACAAUUGUACACUUCAAGUCUGACCAGAUGCACUCCAAAACCUUCGCUUCCUGUAACUGUCCCAACUCUUUUGUCCAGACAUGGUGCACGGUUAUUGAGGCUCCAUCACGUGUCAAUAACGUUUAGAAAACUGUCACACAAGCAGGACGUGGAAUCGACUUCUUGUUACACGGACGCCGGGAGACAGGAAGGAGGAUGGCGAAUUUGACUCAUCAUCUUUAUUUUCUUUGCAUCUUAUUUGUCUGAAAUACACAACAUAUUUGUGUCUUCA